CCGGAUCUUGUCUAUCGAAUAUAUAUACAAAAUAUUACAUACACUGUAACCAAGGACUAAAGUACCAAAAACCUCUAGUCUAGAUACACUACACUACAUACAUACACUGUAUAUCUUGUUCACUUGUUUAUAUCAAGAACUUGAAGUGAUUUUCUACACUUUUACUAGAAUCAAAUCUUCAUUUUGGACUUUGAAGCUUUCUUGAUCUUGGCACAUAGUCCAGGAUUUCAAAAGUUUCAAAAAGUCGAGAGUGAUCAAGAUAGACAACAAAUCAUGGUUCAGACGCUGGAAGCCAUCAGGGGUGGUGGUGGUUCCAUAAAAGUUGGAACCACUGGCACCAUCAACGCAUUAAUGUCAAGGGAAAUGCAGUCGGCUAAAGUUGCAUCUCCAAGAGCAGUUCCAUUCACAAUGAAAUCUCCAAAAAGAGCCUGGGAAAUUAAUGAUCUUGCUACAGUCACCAAUUCCAAAACAAACGUUCAAGCAGAUGAAGCAAGUACUAGUUCCAGCAGUAGCAGCAACAAUAUUGGGAACGUGAUCGCUGAAAAACCCGCCAGCGUUUCGCAUAAAGCCAAACACCAGCAUGCUAGAAGAGAUAGCAGGAAUCCUUUUCUUCAUUCGGACAGUGUAUCUGUAGAUGGAAAUGGAAAUGGAAGUGGAACUCCUAACCGUAAAAGGAAUGACAAGAAGGGAUCUUGCAUGGUUGAGAUAGUGGAUGUAAAAUGUGGAGUUCCUGAUAAAAUGUGGGCAAAUCCCAUAACAAAUAAACUGAAGAAACUUACUUUCUCCAAGCUUUCUGAAGCCAAUGGCGUAAAGUAAAGCUGCAAUGGAUUCGCAAAGAUGUAUUAUUAAUACACAGAUGACAAACAUUUCACCUCUUAAAUAUGGUUUAUCGUAUACAAUAUUCCUAGUAUGGGAGUGAUGGGAUUGAAAACUUUUUGUUGAUUACUUGCUUGUUCAUUGUGUAUGCACAUUUCAAAGUUUCCUUUGUCGAAAGAAAAUCAUUGGAAGUAUGUGAAAACUUGUCCAUCUUUGGGCGACCAGGGAAAGGUUUGGAAGCGUUCUUCGGAAUAACGAGGUCAGGCCUACGUAGAUCUGUGUCAAAAGUAUCACAUUUCUAAAUACUGAACGAUCUCAUCCAUUUACCGGUUUAUGUCAACACUGUCCUGAGAAACUCACCUUAAGCUUUCUAAAGGUCAAGGGUGCAAAGUCAACCUUCAAUGAGUCAACAAGAUGUAUCAGUAGACAGAUGACAAAAGUUUCUACUUUUUUUUAUAUGUUAAAAGAUUCGUGUUGGGAUAAAUGGGUUGUAUUUCUUUUUUCUCUACUUGCUUGUUCUUUACUAUGGAUAUAUUAUAGAUAUAAUGUCAAGUUUCUAAUGUGAAAGAAAAAUCAUUGGAAAGAUCUGAAAACAUGUCAUGUGGAGUUUAUGAACAUGAAGCCAAUAUAUGUUGUCAUUUGGCUUUGAUUUUGUUCUUUUG